AUGAUCAAGUUGCUAUGGUUGGCGGUCUUCUGCUCCGCAGACCUUGAGCCUUUGUUGAACGAUGAUGAGUGCCAAGCAGGCUCGUGCGCUCUCCACGCACUUCAGCUUCAGAGGCGUCCCGUCGCCGAGGAGGAGCACUUGGAGACCCUCUGCUCAGAAGCUGCGGGCGUUUGCAAGCUGCUCUCCGGUUCAGAGGGGGCGAGCUCCCUAACGCUGGCCGAUUUGCACACAUUGCUGGCAGUGGCACCAAGCACAUUCCAGGCCUUUGCCGAGGCCGUCCGUCUGGAAAAGACGGCGCUGGAGGGAGAUCGUGUUCUCUGUGCCAAGCUGUGCCGCGUUUCGGCGCAAUAUCUGGCGAAGCAGAGCGUGGUUCUCCCGCCUGCUCCAGACAUUGGCUGCUACCGGGAUGUGGAAGGCCAGGACGUUUGCACCGAAGACCUCUCCCCGCAGACUUUGGCCACGCGCUUUCAGAAUGCGGAGGACCUGGGAGCUUCUCGGCAUCAGGCUACAUCCAAAGCUGCUGGCAGCCAUCGGCGCCAACGCAGCACUGUACGAUUGGAGGAUCCCUUCCAGCACGGAUUCGAAACGCUUGUGAAAUCAUACAGCACCGAAAUGGCGCUGCGAAUACUGUAUAUGUUUCGGGUGUACCCUCGUGCCUUCAACACCUAUUUGGCCAACAGUGAUGCUCAGCCCAACGACUGGCAGAGCAAGCUGGCCAAGUUCAACUUAGUUGCUCGGGUGUUUGUUAUGAAUGCCAUCCGGAACCUGCGCCUGCACAAGACUGUGCCCCACCUGGCAACAUGGUUCGGGGACGAGGCUGUCACGGAACUUAGUCUGAAAGAGACUCGCGUCGAAGUGCUUCGACUGCUCAACUCUGCCGUGCACGUGAUGAACACAGCGGAGUUCAUCUACAACGCCUCGGGCUGCGACGAAGACAGCAUAUUUGCCUUCGUUUAUCCAACUGCCUAUGAUGGGGUCCCUGACUUGCAAGGGGUCUUCAGGAAGAACCACAGGGGGCAAUUCGUGGUGUACGUGUGCCCUCUCACAGUGAAUGCAGAGACCCUCGGGCUUUUGGCCGAUGCAGUCCAAACCUCCGUACAUGAAUCUUCGCACCAUGCAGUUGCGUAUCUCGACGAUGUGGUAAGCUGCCCUCAGUCCCAGUACAUGUGGAUGGAGACAGCAGGUCUCCAGCGCCUCAGUGCAUCAAGGUGCCCAGGCAGUCUGGAUGAGCAGCCGCGUUUUAGCAUCAGCGGCAGCUCCUGCAACGUGCCAGGAGUUGAGAUUCAGCAGUUGGCCAACAUCACAAGACCGACCUUCGCAAGAGGCCCGUCGGGGUCAGUGCGCUGCCCGGCAAACAUGGCUGGCCUGAAGACGGCUGAUGUCUGCAAGGAAGCUGCGAAAUCCCUUGGGACUGUCUAUGGCGGCGAGGAAGAAGACAGUGACUGGCCUCAGGGCUGCUAUGAGAUUGCCGGAGGAUUCUUCCAGGGAGUCUACUUCAACAAUGCCUCCAAGGGCACAGGGCUGGUAGGUACCCACCCGCUUUGCGAGACCUUGCCGUGGCUUGGAAAGUUGGAAAAAUGCAUCAAGUUGAGGAUGCCUGGCCAGUGGAUUGCACGACCAGCCGAGGCUCGAGGCUCCUUCGGCAACUGA